AUGAGUCAAAAGGAAAAGGGAGGAAAGAAGCCAUACGCUUCAUUCAACAACAAUAAUAACAAUAACAACAAUAACAACAACAACGGAGGAAAGUUAAAUAAUAGUGGAGGUUAUAAUAAUAAACAAUCUUCUCCAUCAAACAACAACAACAAGUCAUCACCAUCAAACACCAAUAAUAUCAAUAACAAUAAUAACAAUAAUAAUAAUAAUGAAGAUUUAGAAGUUAAAAAGAUGAAGGAUAGAUCACUUUAUAUGGCACUUUGUUUGGUUGGUUAUCAAGUAUCGGUGACACUAAAGAAUGGAGUAACCUAUGAAGGUUUGCUUAGCUCUGCAACCACUACUAGUGGUGCUGGUUGGGGCAUUGUCAUCAAGAUGGCCAGAAAGAAGGAAGUGCCACCACCAGCCAUCAUCACCACACCACCAACCCCGUUGAUGGUCAUUGAAUCCAAGGAUUUCCUCUGUCUUACUGCCACUGGCGUCGUAUUUGAUAAUCUCUCCACCUACCAACAAGGUUCUGGUCGUGGCAGUGCAUCCUUCCAAAGCGACACUGACAUCAGCGGACAUGAUGGCGUCGUAAGAGAAAGAGAGCUCACUCCAUGGAUGUCGGAUGGCAGCGAACACGAAUCACUCGAAGCAAGUGCACUCAACAAACAAAACGCAUCAUGGGAUCAAUUCUCAACCAACGAGAAGCUCUUUGGUGUCACCUCUUCCUAUGAUGAAGAUCUCUACACCACCAGUCUCGAUCGUCAAUCUGAUAGUUAUAGAAAUAGAUUAAGAGAUGCCGAAAGAAUUGCUCAAGAAAUUGAAGGUAAAACAUCAUCAAAUUUACAUAUGCAAGAAGAAAGAGGACAAGUAAAGGGAUCAGAUUAUGAUGAAGAAGAGAGAUACAGUAGUGUUGUUAGACAACCAGAUGCAAAGGCUGGAGCUAAACAACAAGCAGGUGGAAACUUAUCAUCAUCGGCUGGAGUAUAUGUACCUCCAAACAAGAGAAAUCAACAAGUUCAACAACAGACACCACAGCAAACACAAUCGGCACCAGUUACGCCACUUACCAAAUCAUCUUCAUCUACUUCAUUAAAGGAUGAAAAUAAUACCAAACCUGCUGUUGCUACUGCUGGUGCUGCUGCUGCUGUUGGCACUUCUACCACGUCAACUACUACAUCAUCGACACCAACCAAGGACGAGAAAUUGACUCAACAACAACAAAUCUUUAAGGAAUCGGAAUCAAACUCUGCCAAUUCUCUAAAGACAUCUGGUAAUGGUAUCAAUAGCGACAACUCACCAGUUACCAAACUCAGAUUCCCAGUUAGAGAGAGAACCAAUUCGAUCGAUCACAAUGACCUUGUCUCUUCGCCGCGUGAUGGUCAGUCUCCUCGUACACUUGCCAACUACACCAAGGUACGUGCUGCCAUUGUAUCGGAAAAGAUGAGAAACUCUGAGCCACGCUCACCACUCUGCUCGCCAUUGGUCUCUGAUCCAGUCGGUCUCAGCGCACUCUCGCUCCACUCUUCCAAGCCUACAUUUACCGAAAACACAAUCAAGGAAUUCAACGAGUUCAAGUUGAUAAAGUCAGAGGUUGAUCGUAAAGCACAGAUGGAGCAACUCAAGAGCUUUAGUCGCGACUAUAACAUUAGCAGAUCACGUCCAUCGUCACCAUUGAUUGGACCAAAUUCACCAAGACUUGCAAAUAUAACAGCAUUAUCACUUUCUCCAACCAAUCUCGACAACAAGGAUGACUCCAAGACUGAAGAUGUCAAAAAGGAAGCUACAGCAGCAACAACAACCACAGCAACAACGACCACUGCAACCACUACAACCUCGAAAUUAAAAUUAAAUCCAAAUGCCAAGGCAUUUACACCAGGUUCAUUGAGUGCCAAUGCACCCGUUUUUACACCAAAGGGGUUGACCCUCAAGCCAGCUGCCAUACCAGCCUCUGCACCCCACGAUUUCAGUGGCAUGCCAGGCGGCGACAUUGGAAGAAGCACCUCCAACAACACAGAUUCGACCACACCCAUCAACGAAUUGUAUUAUGAAUCAAUGAAAAAGAGACAACAAAACCCAGAGAAUCCAGAGUCAGUGUCUAGUUAUUGGUCCGACGUGCCAUCCUAUCGACAACAGUACGGAGGUGGUGAAGACGAACAGUAUGGUUCGCCAGCCGGUGGCUAUUCCAUGCGUCCACCCAUCAUUCCAAUGGGUGUCGUCCCUAUCCCACCAUAUUACCCAUCGCCACCACCAAUGGUUGCUCCACCACAAAUUAAAUCGAUGAAAAUGCCAUACAAUGGUCAACCAAGAUCCUAUCCACAACAUCAGGGAGUUCCUGUUGCAUCGAAUCAACCCCUUGGCCCUCCUCCAUAUGCUGUUUUCCAACCACAAUUCCCACCCCCAUUUGCUGUUCCAGCCAUGUACAAUCCUCCACCACCACAACAUGGAGUUCCAAAGAGAUACUAUCCUCACCAAAAUUCCUAUCAAAUGCAACCACAUAUGAUGAUCCCACCACAAAAUAACUCUCAGUCACCAUCUCCUUCACACCAAUCCCCACAAAUUCCUUCCCCAACUUCUCCAACUCACAGCCGAAUCAUAACCUCUCAACCUGCUUUUAUCCCUGCCGCAUAUCAAAAUUAUGGAGUACCUCCAAGAUAUCAAAACGAUCCAAAUCAAGGUUAUCCACCAAAUUAA